AUGGCUAUACCGUGUACGGAAUUACGGAUCCGCGGAGGCUCAAGGUCGCUACAGUGUUUGCAGCAAAUACCAUGGCUUCCUGUUAUCUUCAUACGUGCUGUACGGUGGUGCCAGGCACGUGCACGCUAUGUUAAGGGCGAGUUGAGCCAACAACCCGGCGAUGGUGGAGAUGCCAGCCUCAGGAUUGAAGGCAUACCCCACAGUGUCGCGCGUCCUGUGUGUUUACUGUAUGGACUGAGUGUUCCCAUGACGGCUUCAACUCGCCGCGGAAGUAAUCCCGUGCCCAUCUAUGGGUUGUGGGCGGGCCCGCGAGGCGCAGCAGAAUCUCCAUGGAGCUGGCGCGAAUAA